CUCAAACGAAAUCCUUCAGCUUCAACUCGUAGAUUCCUGUUUUAAGCUUCAAAAUCCAACUUGGGCGAAUUUCUCUGUUAUUCAACGAAAUAAUAUCCAUCAUCCUUCUCAGUGUUCCCGACAUCACCGGUAAUGUGUGCGGCUUCUCGAGAACCCAACAUUUCGUUACUAUGGAGCCCUUCGUGGGCCCUUUGGCCACACUUUGGCUACUUCGACGUGCAGAUGAAAAUGCGGCAAUCCUUCGUACUCAAGACGUUGUGGGGUUUCGACGGCCCCGGAUAUAUCUACAUCUUGACGUGAAAUGUUCAUUGCUGGGAUCAGAGAUUAGGUAUUUUCAGAGACAAAAUAUAACUGAUACCUUGAGGAAUGCUCUUACAGCAACCUCAUGAUGCAGUUUCAGUCAAUGACUGCACAGGCAAUCCUAGUGCUUGGUAUUUGCUCUAUCUUGUCAGCGUUGUGGACUGCGUGGCAGAGGCUCUACCGACAUCCUUUAUCCAAGGUUCCCGGCCCGAAGCUAGCAGCGCUAACUUGGUGGUAUACAACAUACUUCGAUGUGUGCAAAGACGGCGGGCUUCUCGAGCAGCUGGAAAUACUUCAUCGGAUCUACGGUCCAGUCGUCAGAAUCGGUCCAGAAGAACUCCACUUCAGUCGUAUUUCUGACUACAAUGAAAUUUACGUCCAAAAUAUUAGAUUUCCAAAGGAUCCUAGGUUUUACAAUGCCUUACACGAAGACGAGUCCUCCUUUGGAUUUUGUGAUCUCAAAGAAGCGAAGAUUCGAAAGGACGUCCUCAGUCCAAUGUUUUCUCGCAAGUCGAUUCUCAAGUUGGAGAACGUUGUACAGGAGACGGUCGAUACUCUUAUAAAACGAAUUCUUUCCUACAGCAAUCAGCCAGCCGAUAUGCAAAGAGCGAUACGAUCGGCAUCCUUAGAGAUUAUUGUAUCAUACUGCUUUGCUCGACAUUACAACACUCUAGACGUUCCUGACUUCAAGCACCCCAUCCUACUUGCCUUUGAGCAGUCCUUUCCUUUUUGUCUCGCCUUAAAACAUUUUCCGUACCUUUUCGAUAUCCUUACCUUCGUCGACCGAUUAGUCUCCUGGUUUAAUCCGCCUGUAGCAGGGGACGCCUUCGCUGCGAUGAAUCGCCAGAUCGACGAGCUUCUUGAAAAUCCCCUUCUUAUGGAGAACGACGAGCAUGAAACGAUUUAUAACCAUCUAAUGACGCCGCACCCGGUUAAGGGACAGUACACUACGCCCUCGCGCAAGUCUCUCGUCGAAGAGGCUAUCAAUCUCCUUGCCGCUGGAAGUUUUACUGUAGGGAAUGCAGCCAUGGUUGGGACAUUCUACGUCCUCAAUGAUCCUGCGGUAUACAACACAUUAAUUCAGGAACUGAGGGACGCUUGGCCUAAUAAAGACGAACGUCUCUCUCUAGCGCGGCUGGAGAAGCUACCUUACCUGACCGCCGUGAUUAAGGAAUCCUUGCGUCUGUCUCACGGAGUUGUGCUCCCCUUGCCAAGAAUUGUUGGACCAGUGGACACGAAGAUCGGGGGUAUCCGUGUUCCCGCCGGGACUGUCGUGUCGAUGGGUGUCACCUUCGUUCAUUACAACCCGGACAUUUUCCCCGAGCCUUUCAAGUUCCAGCCGCAGCGAUGGAUCGGUCCUGAUGUUCGCGGGCUGGACAAUUUUUUGCUGUCGUUCGGUAAAGGUCCGAGAAGCUGUCUUGGUGUCAACCUUGCCUGGUGCGAAUUGUAUAUAAUGCUAGGCAAUAUUUUUAGACGUAUCGACAUGCAAUUGGAUGAUAUGAAAGUAGAGGACCUUGCGUUCAGGUGCCACCUGACGCCAACAUACCGAGGCAAGCGCUUGAGCGUGCGAGCAAAGCCCAUUGCAACGUGAUACUUUCUGUCGCAACACGACGACGCGCAUGUAACCUUUGUUUUACUCAGUCUUCAAGUUCAUACUCGAAUUUGAAAGGCGUAUGUGUAGCCUCCCUGAAAUCACGAUAAUCCGCCGUUACUUUGUAUACCAGAUCUUCCUUGCGUUCGCAUCAACUCUUUGGGCGAAUAUCGUUUCAAUUGAAGACAGAAAUAUAUUGUUGUUCA